AAGCAUAACAAGCAAGCAGACAGCGAACGUCAAACAGGGGGUAUAAGAAGCUAUAUAUUCCUGUUGGGAUGUGUCUGCUUCAAAUCGAACAUUUGCGCUUCUCCGUUGAUAUCCCGCUGUCGGUUCCCCAACCAAAAGUCCUAAGGCGUUCCUGGCGCCUAUAAUCCUAUAACAAGCCCUGGAGCGCGUCACAUACUCGAUUAACUUUGCGCCGUACUCUCAAUCUCCUUCCGUGUUUUCAUCCUUCUUGAUACCCUUACCCAGCGCGUUCUCUCAGCAUACAGCAAUAUGAGCGAAACCAUACUCAUCCUGGGCGGUUCCUUUGCGGGCAUAAGCGCAGCGCAUUAUGCUCUCAAGCACGUUAUCCCACAGCUACCCAAGAAAGAAGGCGUUACGUACAAUGUUACGAUUGUCAAUCCGUCCAAAGACCUCUAUUGGAGAAUUGCGGCACCGAGAGCGUGCGUCUCGAAGCAGCUGAUGCCCGCAGACAAGAUCUUCUACCCAAUUGAGCCGGCAUUUACUUAUGCUUCCUCAACAUUCAAGUUCGUACAAGGUUCGGCGACGCAUGUUGAUUCUGCUGGUCAGACGGUAUCUGUUACGACUGUGGGAGGGGAGCAGCAAUCAAUUCCCUACUCUGCGCUUGUUGUUGCUACCGGUUUUACAACGCCUAGCCCGCUAUUUACGCAAACGACUAACGCUGCUGCGCUUGAGUCGACCUACGAUGUCUUUCAGCAGAGCCUGAAAAACGCCAAGACGGUUGUCGUUGGAGGUGGAGGGCCAGUCGGCGUUGAGACCGCGGGUGAAGUCGCUGAGAUCCUGAAUGGCAAGCCAGGCUUCAUGGCUUCUGCGCCUAAGAAUCCGAAAGCGAAGGUCACACUCAUAUGCGGCGACAAGAAGCUACUGCCCGUUCUCCGCGAAUCGAUCGCCAAGACAGCACAACAGUUCCUACAGCGACUUGGAUGCGAUGUCACCUACAACACCAAAGUCGUCUCAGCGACCAAAGUAGGAGAUCAAGAAGGAGCAAAGACAAGAGUCGAGCUUUCGAACGGCGAAACCAUCGAAGCGGACAUCUACAUCGAUGCGACCGGUACGCGACCGAACACCAGCUUUCUUCCCAAAGAAUGGCUCGACAAUCGCAACCGCCUCGCCUGUAACCCCCAAACCCUCCGUGUUGAGCACUCGUCUGCCUCCCGCAUCUACACCGUUGGCGACGUAGGCUCCUACACUCGCGGCGGUGUGAUUGAUAUCUACAGCGCUGUCCCCGUCGCAAUGACGAACCUCAAGAACGACCUGAUCGCCCACAUUACUGGAGAAGCACACAAAGGAGACAGACACCACACCCCGGAUCUGAAGGAGCAGCAGAUUUGCCCGAUUGGGACGCAGAAGGGUGUCGGCGCGUUUGCGGGGUACAGAGUGCCGAGCCAGAUGGUGUGGCUUAUUAAAGGAAGAGACUAUUUGAUCGCAAAUUUGGCGGAGGGGAUUAUGAGGGGCGACCAGUUCAAGAAGGAGGGCAAGUGGACUCCGAUUCAACAAGCUGGAAAGGCUGGGCUGAGUUCAGGUUAAGGCGGAGACUCGUGUUGUGGAGGAAUAGCCCGUGAGAGUAAUGGACGUGUAGCUAUAAUUCUAAUAUAAUUCUUUUAAUUCGAAUCCUCAAUAUUUGG